AUGUAUGCACGAGAACCUUCGAAUAUUGCUACUUCUGCUUCUAAGACUACUGCCACCAACACCAGAGCUGCUGGUGCGUUUGCUGCUCAAGGUGAUUCUGCCACCACUGGUGGAAGGGGAGAUGUAAAAGCAGCAAAGAAAGUGGUACGCUUCAACGACGUGGUGGAAGUAUUCCACUUCGAGAAGUCCCCCACUCCCCAGUGUUUGAUGUUGAUCCAGGCCAAAUACGCUGAUAUGAUCGGAGACGUCGACGACAGACGCAUCUGUCGAGCUGCUCGCCUCACCGGCUGCACAGCACGUCUUAACACCUCCAUCGCAAGACGAAACAAGCAUGGUGACCUGUGCUUUGUGGUCACUGUGGAAGGCAGGCGGGACUCAGACGUGCGGAGGUUCAAGAACCUAAUACGCGACAGGUUUCCUGACAUCUUCUUCCCGAGUGCUUGA